AUGAAGAAGACGAAGCUGAGCAACGAGCACCCUCGAUUCUGCCAGAUCUGCAAGCGCUGGUUCCCCACAGGAAAAUCCAUGGGCGGUCACAUGAGAUCUCACUUAGCAAUCUCCAAGCUUCCCUCCGGUGACCGCCUCCACCGUCCAGCUCCUCCUCCUCCUCCGCCUCCGCCGCCUACACCCAAGCGGAAGCGCCGCCACCAAUCCCCCGCCGCCCAGAGUAACAAGCGUGAAAUCGCUAGGUCAGAUGAGGAGGAAGUGGCUGCGCUGGGGGGACACCGGGCAAGCCACAACAAGUCCUCCUCCUCUUCCGCCAAAUCCCUAGCUGCUGACGUGGACGGCGGAGGAGGAGGAGAGUACUACUACGAUGACGAGGAGGAUGAGGACGAGGAUGAAGAUUUUCUAGAGGAGGAGGAGGAUGAAGAUCAUAAUCAAGAACAGGAAGUAGUGGUGGCUAUGAAUACUAACCACCACGAAGUCGUCAGCAAUGCUGCUACGGGUCGGGUAAUUAUGAGCAGGAAGCAAUUCCCUUGCUCGUUUUGUGGGAAGGUGUUCGAGUCGGGUCAAGCCCUCGGUGGGCACAAGAAAAUACACAUGUCGCCGUACCAUCAUCACCACGACGUCCCGGUGAUGAUGAGUACUCCUCCUACGAAGGCGAGUAGUAACCGGCCAUUGGUGGUGCCGCCAGGUGGGAGGUUGAUGAUAGAUCUGAACUCGAGCCCGUUGGAUCGAGAUGGAUGUAAUGAUGAUGAUGAUGACGAAAGCGACGAGGUUUAUCGAUUCUGA